AUGUUCUACCGAUUUAGUUAUCUUAGUAUUGGUGGUAUAUUCUUACUCAUAUCAUUAGUAAACGGAUAUCCAUCAGGUAUUAAUACAGAACAGUGUCUCAAUUAUUGUUUCAAUGAUGCAGUUUGCUUGAUGAAUAACAACAACCCAACAUGUUAUUGUUUACCUGAAUGGGAAGGAGAACGUUGUGAUAUUGUUCGAAAGGUCGUCCAAAAUGAUCCAGUACAAUUCAAAAAAAUCAAUAGAACCAUUCUACGCAACGAUCCGUGCAGUUAUGUCCCGACUUUAUGUAAUGGUAAAGGAGUUUGUUAUGUGGACGGAGGGAAGUUGACUUGCCAAUGUCAAUAUCCGUUCGCUGGUACACGAUGUGACGAAUAUUCUCUUUGUUAUAAUUAUUGCUUCAACGAUGGCAUUUGCACAAUAGAGAGUGACGAACCAGAAUGCAAAUGUGGAGAGGAUUUCGAUGGUUUGCGGUGUAAUAUUCGUAAGACAACAACACUUGGACCAACUACAACGACGACAACAGGCCCGACUACAACGACGACAACAGGCACAACUACAACCGAUGUCAUUUGUAGUUUUCUCCCGGAAAAUUAUUGCAAUAGUGGAUUUUGCGUUGUCAGUAAUGGCCGAGCGCUUUGUCAAUGUCCACCAUCACACACGGGUGAUCAAUGUCAAACUCCAACAGGAUGGUCACCGGGACCAGAACCUAUCGUGACAGGACAAACAAAUCCACCAGUGACACCAAUACAGCCAACUCCACCAGUGACACCAAUAGCAACAAAUCCACCUAUAGCUGGCGUAACAUGUGCUAAUAGUCCAUGUCGAAAUAAUCGUCCAUGUUAUAAUAAUGGAAAUUCAUUUUUUUGUUAUUGCGGCCAACAAUUUACUGGUACUCACUGUGAAAUACAACAAGGAUAA